CUGCCGGCUCUGGGUGAGGCUGCGGGGUCUCCUCCUGCCGUGCUUUGGGGUUCCCUUUGGGAGCCCGGAGGUGUCACACGUCUCAUCUCCCACACCCGGAGGAGGAGCUGCCGCCUCCGUAAGGCUCAGAUGGCAUCCAGAGCUUCACAUCGGGGAGGAGAUGCAAGUGCACGAGGCAACCUCUUCUCCCUUCCUGGCGGUUGGCGCCUCUGUUUGCUUUCCAGGGUAGUUUGGUGCCUUUCCUGCGGGAUUUCAGUCCUGGUGUCAGAGCUGCGUGAUGUGGGCUGAAGUGCGUUCACCUCGCCUGCAGCAUUUAAAGCUCUCAUCCCAUAUCUGGGGCCUCUCACAGUCUAAAGAGGGGUGGUGGUUUUGGUUUUGGUUUUGGUUUUGAUCGCUCUGGGCACGGGGCUUUGCUUUUUCCAGUGCAAAACCCCGAAGCAUCUCAGACCCCAGUGAACGUGGGGCCGACUGUUCUGGGCACAAAGCUUUGCUUUCUCCGUGAGUAAACCCUAAAGCCGGCCCCACAGCUCAGUCUUCUCCCUAGGGCCGAUUACUCAGCGUCUUGCAGCUGAAAUGCCGGGGACGGAAGGAUUGGGGCGUCCCACCCUUCCUGCUCCCGGGGAAACACGGGGGAGGAUUUCUCGUUUUGCUGUUUUCUCUUUGAAGCGGCGUGUGCCAAAAAUGCUAAUGCGGGAUUUCGGUCGUUUGGUUCUUUGUGCUUUGUGAGGACGGAGCUCGGAGAGAGAGUUGGGAGUUCAUUGUCACCCUCCGGGGCUUCGGGCCCCUCCCCGGCGGCCGCAGACAAAAGAAUUGCUCUCAGAACGGCUUCGUUCCUUCUGGGGGAGGAAGUCAUCCCGGAGGGGUGAGAGCCGGGAGGGACUCAGCCCCUCUACGAGGGGGGCAGAGCUUCGUGCCGAGCCUGUGAGCAGGAUGUUGGGCAGCCCCUCAACUGCUGGGGACGUCGGUGACUCCCGCUGCGUUCUGAGCACACGCAGAGCUUUGGGCAGCGCUGGGAGCUGCUCCCGUUGGUGCUGAGCUGCAGUCAGCCGGGCAGGGCUUCACUCCGUGGGAUGGAGACAAAGGAGGGCAGCCGGAGCCGCAGGAAGAGCUGCUGUGUGGGGCUGAACGGGAGCUCACCCCGUGGGGCGGCAGAUGGGAGCCGCGUGGCUUUGGGGCCGGCGCUGACCCCCCAGUGACCGGGUUUCCCUGUGGAAAGUAAAAGCUUCUGCUGCGUCGUCACAGCGCCGCUCCGCUCGCAGCACCUCGCAGUGAUGAAUUGUUCCAUCCCCACGGACUCUGCCUCCCUCACUGCCAGGGCUGAGGGAUCCCUUACGGCUCACCUUCGUGCCGGCUGUCCUGUGGGCGAUGCUGCUCCUGUGGGCGAUGCUCACUGCUGUCCCAGCGCGGAUCCACACCCCUGAAGUCGCCCUGCUCAGCUCACGCUGCGUGGAAGGGCUGGCAGGGUGGCACUGCUGCGUUUCUUUCUACAUUCCUCUGACUUUCUCAGGGACCAAACAUCCCAAACAGCCGCCGUUUCUUGCAGCCGAAAUUCCCGCUGCCCUCCACGUAACCUCUCUGUUUUUCCCUCGUUCAGAUUUCAGCUUUUUGUGCUGCUCGGUGAUGUCGUUCCGAAGAGGGCCGUCUGCCUUCAAAAAGUCGCUCACCCCAGAGAUGCCAGGUUCUUCAGGGCAGCCGGGCUCUCAGACAAUAAAGAAGGGGCACAGAGGAGUGGAUUCCACGGGUGAGACCACCUACAAGAAGACGACGUCAUCAGCCUUGAAAGGUGCUAUCCAGCUGGGCAUCACACACACGGUUGGGAGCUUAAGCACUAAACCUGAAAGAGAUGUUCUCAUGCAAGAUUUCUACGUAGUAGAAAGUAUUUUCUUCCCAAGUGAAGGCAGUAACCUCACCCCAGCUCAUCACUACAACGAUUUCCGCUUCAAAACCUACGCCCCAGUGGCCUUCCGAUAUUUCCGGGAGCUGUUUGGGAUCCGGCCGGAUGAUUACCUGUACUCGCUCUGCAGUGAGCCCCUCAUUGAGCUCUCCAACUCUGGGGCCAGUGGAUCCCUUUUCUACGUGUCCAGCGACGACGAGUUUAUCAUCAAGACAGUUCAGCACAAAGAGGCAGAGUUCUUGCAGAAGCUGCUGCCCGGCUACUACAUGAACUUGAAUCAGAACCCAAGGACGCUGCUGCCCAAGUUUUAUGGCUUGUACUGUGUCCAAGCCGGGGGCAAAAACAUCCGCAUUGUGGUGAUGAACAACCUGCUGCCACGUUCUGUGAAGAUGCACCUCAAAUACGACCUGAAGGGCUCCACCUACAAACGCAGGGCGUCCCAGAAGGAGAGGGAGAAAGUCUUCCCCACCUACAAGGACUUGGAUUUUAUGCAGGACAUCCCCGACGGCCUCUUCUUGGACUCAGACAUGUAUAAUGCUCUGUGCAAAACGCUGCAGAGAGACUGUUUGGUCCUGCAGAGUUUUAAAAUCAUGGAUUACAGUUUGCUGGUGGCAAUCCAUAACAUGGAUCUGGCACAGAGGGAGCACGCGAUGGCAGACGGGACGUCCCAGGCCGACACGCGGCGCCCUGCGGCGCAGAAAGCGCUGUAUUCCACUGCCAUGGAGUCCAUCCAGGGGGAGGCCCGCAGGGGAGGCACCAUAGAGACAGACGACCAGAUGGGGGGCAUUCCUGCCCGCAACGCCAAGGGGGAGAGGCUGCUCCUCUACGUGGGCAUCAUUGAUGUGCUGCAGUCCUACAGGUUUGUGAAGAAGCUGGAGCACUCGUGGAAGGCCCUGGUGCACGAUGGGGACACCGUAUCCGUGCACAGACCCAGCUUCUAUGCUGAAAGGUUCCAGCGCUUCAUGUGCAACACAGUUUUCAAGAAGAUACCCUUGAAGCCAUCCCCCUCCAAGAAGAGCCGCUCCGGCACCGCGGUUCCUAGGCGGAGCUGUCAGGGAGGAGUGCCUUCCCAGCUGCACGUGUCGUGUGAGACAAAAGCACAAGUCACGACAGAGGCGGACGUGGAGCAAGGCUCCCACCUCGGCCGCCCGGAUCUCCUGCCCAGGACUCUGCCGGUGGACGAAGCCAACAGCGAUUCCGUCGCCACCACUUUGUCCACCUCCUCCUUGGGCAGCGGAGGUCUCCACUCACCCGCAAACAGGUCAGUGGGCGUGCAGGUGCACAAAGCCGACAGCUCAGCAAAGGAUUUCGCUAGGACUGCUGCCUUCCUGUCUAGCAGCUCCCCAGGACCGUCCAUCCCUGAGCCCUCCUCGGAGCUGAGGGAGCAGCUGGAAGAGCUGCAGGAGACAGAGAUCAGCUUCUGAGGCAGCUCUGAGCCAACGAUGGCAGCAGAUGGUUCCGUGCUCUGCGUGGUCUCUGCCCCCGUUGCUGACCUUCGUGGUUUUUAAUUU